UUAUUAGAUAUUAAUUUUUUUACAAAAUAAUGUCAAUUGAUCAUUGUUCCAGUACAAGUGAUCUGAAUGAAAUAAAUGGUGAUCCACAUAGAAUAUGGUUAGGCUGUCUUCCAACACGUAUUACAGAAUUUGCAAUUUUACAAUUAGCUAAACAAUUCGGUGAAUUAUCUGAUUUUCAUUUUCCUGUACAUAAAACUGGUGAUUUACAAGGAUCUACAAUUGGUUAUUGUUUUUUAACUUAUAAAUUAGUGGAUGAUGCUAAGAAAGCAUGGAAAACAUUAGAUGGUUUAAAUUUUCAUGGACAUUCUUUAGUGGCUAGACCAGCUCGACCAACACGUGAUGAAUUAACCAUUGCACAACGUGCAUAUGAUGAAGCUUCUAAAUUUAGAAUAAUGGAAGAGACAAUACAACGUGAAGCACAAUUAGCAGCUGUAAUGUCUAUAUGUGAUUCUACAAAUAAUAUACAACAAUCUAAUUAUCCUAUGGAAGAUUUAUCCAAUGUAACAAUGAUUUCUGAUGAACAACUAAUGAA